AUGCCUACCGAGUUCAUCAGCAUUACCUUCGCCAACGACUCUAACGAGAUCCACCCCAAGCCCGGAGCUCCCGUCGACCCCGAGUUCCUCGUGCGCUACGCUCGUACUCUCGACGACUAUGGCUUCAACUACACCUUGAUCCCCUACGGUUCGGGCGGCUUUGACCCCUUCGCCCUCGGCGCGACCGUCCUCGCGGUCACCAAGAACAUCAACAUCAUCAUUGCGCUCCGCCCCAACACCAUCUACCCCACUGUGGCGGCGAGGAAGCUUGCUACCCUGAGCCAGCUGGGCGCUGGCCGCGUUGUCGUGCACUUUAUCGCCGGCGGCAACGACGUCGAGCAGGGUCGCGAGGGCGACUACCUCACCAAGGCCGAGCGCUACGGCCGUCUCGAGGACUACAUCAAGAUCCUCAAGCGCGCAUGGUCGUCCUCGGAGCCAUUUGACUGGGACUCGGAGUACUACAAGUUCAAGGACUUCCGCAACUCGGUGCUGCCCCUCAAGAAGAUCGCAGUGUCGGUUGGCGGUUCGUCGGACGACGCGUACCGCAUCGGCGGCGCUCUCGGCGACAUCUUUGGUCUCUGGGGCGAGCCCCUCAAGGACACCAAGGAGCAGAUUGACAAGAUCUACGCCGCCGCCGACAAGGCUGGCCGUGCCGCCAACGACCGCCCCCGCAUCUGGGUCACCUUCAGGCCCAUCAUCGCCGAGACCGAGGAGCUUGCGUGGGCCAAGGCCCACCGCACGCUCGACGCCCUCAACGGCAACCGCGCUGGACCUCCUGCCAAUUCAACAAUCCCCCUCGCUACCCCGGGCCAGCCCCAAAACGUCGGCUCGCAGCGUCUUCUCGAGAUCGCCAAGCGCGGCGACGUCCAGGACCGCGCGCUGUGGUACCCUACCGUGACCGCCACCAACGCUGCUGGCGCUUCGACCGCGCUCGUCGGCUCGUACCAGACCAUCAUCGACUCGCUUAUCGACUAUGUCGACCUCGGCGCUGAGCUCAUCUCCAUCCGUGGUUACGACAACCUCAGCGACGCCAUUGACUACGGCCGCUUCAUCCUCCCCGGUGUCCGCAAGGUGCUUGAGGAGAGGGCCGCCGCCAACGGUAACGGUCACGAGGCGAACGGCAACGGCGUCGCCGCAUAA